AUGCCUCCGGCUCAUAAAAGUCACAGUUUCCGUCCAGAAAACGUUCUCAAGCGUGCCGAGGACUUGAUCGGCGUGGGUCAAAAGGAAGCCGCGUUAGACACCUUGUAUGAGUUGAUCACGUCCAAAAGAAUCCGGUACUUGCAAGUUGAAGACUUGGAGCCUAUUGCCAACUUGCUCAUUGAGUUGGCCGUUGAAUUGAGAAGAGGUAAAUUAGCCAAGGAUGCAUUACACCAGUACAAGAAGAACAUUCAAUUAUCCGAGAACGGGUUAGAAUCCGUGCAAACCAUUGUGCGCAAGUUUAUUGGGUUAGCUGAAAAGAAGUUGGAUGAAGCGCAAGCUCAAGCUGAUAUCAAGAUUGACCAAGAGGAGGCUGCUGAGGACGACUUAGAGACUGCUCAGACUCCAGAGACGAUUUUGUUGAGUGCUGUGUCCAACACCGAUUCCGCGGAUCGUACGGAGAGAGAGUUGGUUACUCCAUGGUUGAGAUUCUUGUGGGAGGCGUUUAGAGCCACGUUGGAUAUCUUGAGAAACAACUCCAAGUUGGAAGUCACGUACUCCGCGAUUGUCAAUCAAGCUUUCAAGUUCUGUUUAAACUUCAAGAGAAAAGCCGAGUUUAGAAGAUUGUGUGAGUUAUUGCGUGUCCAUAUGCAAUCGGUCACCACGCAGACCAAGACCCACGCUAGCAACGCUAUUGACUUGUCUGACACUGAAACCGUUCAACGCUAUUUGGAGCAGAGAUUUGCGCAAUUGAACAUUGCCGUCAAGUUGGAGUUGUGGCAAGAAUCGUUUAGAUCCGUGGACGAUGUGCAUACCUUGAUCACCGCGUCAAAGAAAGCUCCCAAGCCCACCAUGAUGGCCAACUAUUACGAAAACUUGGCUAGAAUCUUUGCUGUUUCCGACAAUGCCUUGUUCCAUGCUGCUGCUUGGAACAAAUUUUUCAACUUGUACUCGCAGUCGCCAAUGGCUACCGAUGACGAGUUGAAAAAGUAUGCUUCCAUCUUGGUGUUGUCGACGUUGGCCAUCUCCCAGAGUGCUGUCCACGAUGCUGAUGAGCACAGAACCAAGAACUCAAAGUUGUCGUCGUUAUUGAACUUGACUCAGCCUCCAACAAAGGACGGCUUGACUAAAUCGAUUGUCUCCAAGGGCAUAUUGAAAUACGUCGAUGAGCCAAUUAGAUCGUUGUUUGACUUGUUGGAAGGUAGCGACUUCCAUCCUUUGUCGGUUAAGAAUGCAGUCAUGAAACUCUUUAAAGUUAUUGAAACGGAUGCCGAUUUCAAGAAAUACAUCCCCACUUUGACAGAAGUUAUCUUGCUUAGAAUCUUCCAACAAGUAUCCCAAGUGUACGAAGCAGUCAAGUUGGACUUUAUGGUCUCGUUGGGAAUCUUUGAAGGCGUUGAGUACUCGUUGACUGAAUUGGAAGUGGAAGAGUUGAUUGUUAAUGCCGUUAAGGACGAUCUCCUUUCAUUAACCAUUGACCAUGAGGCUGGUGUUGUUUCCUUCAAAUCAGACACUUUUGCAGAAAACUCGAGCUCGUUUGCUUGCAAGUUGCAAAUCUCGCCAGCUGAGUUGGUGCGCACCCAGAUUAGUAAAUUGGCUGCUACUUUGGCCGAAUCGGUGCAAGUUAUUGAUCCAAGCUUUGAGCGUCGUCAGCAAGAAGCCAAGCAAGAAGCAUUACAGCGUGCUCUUGCCGACAUGGUUCGUGAGCAACAGAGACUUGCCGAUAGAUCCAAGAUUCUUCAAGAGCGCAAAUUGGCGGCUGAGAAACGUAAGCGUGAAGAAGAAGAGAUCCAAGCGCGGUUGAAGCAGGAGAAAUUUGCUGCUGACCAGAAGGCUGAGCAAGAAAGAUUGGCUCAAGAGCAAGAGCGUAAGCAAGAAGAAAAGCUUCAAAGAGAAAGAGAUGCCAUCUUGGAGAAUGAAAAGAGAAAGAUUGCCGAGGAUAUCAACGCCAAGGGUAUCAUCAAGAUUGACAUGAACAACUUGAAGGAGUUGGACACCACUAAAUUGCAACAGAUGCAAGUUGAGCAGUUGAACAAGGAUAGAAAAGAGUUGGAGGAGAAAUUGAAGGUCACUUCCAAGAAGGCCGAUUACUUGGAGAGGGCCUAUAGAAAAUACGAAUUGAAGCUGUUGGCUGCUGAAGCUGAAAAGCAGCAAAGUUUGGAGCGCGACAACUAUGAUGCUGUUCGAAGCAUCAAGAUCGCCAAGGCCAAGAAGGAAUUUGAGGAGUCUCUUGCAUUGAGAGAUCGUUUGCAGCGCAUUGUUCCCGAUUACACUGUGUUCAAGGCCAAGAUUGACGCCAAGAAUGCAGUCAAGGUCGCCAAAUUGAAAGAAGAAGCUCAGGCCAGAUUUGAAGCGGCCAAGCAGGAGAGAAUUGAAAAAGUCAAGAAGCAGCGCAUUGAAGAGUUGAAGAUUCGAAAGGAAAGAGAACGCAAAGCACAAGCCGAAGAAGCAGCUAGAAAAGCACAAGCUGCCGAACAUGCGAAAUUGAAGGAGGAAUUGAGGCUCCAAAGAGAAAAAGAUGAAGAAAUUCAAAGAAAGAGAGAUGAGGCUGCAGCGGCGGCAGCGGCAGUGGCAGAGGAACGUAAAGCUCCGAAAGUAAUGAGCUUUGCUGAGAAGAUGAGAUUGAAGAGAGCGGGUUUGUUAGAGGAGUAG